ACGGCUGCUCUUUCGCUGCGCCUGAAGCCUAAAGGUGCCGACCAACGUGUUCCGGGGUCGCUGGGGUCCGACGCUGCUGGUGGCUCCAUGGCGUUCAAGUGCCAGCGGGACAGCUGGGUCCGGCAGGUGUGAAAGGAACCGAGGGGAUUUGGGAUGGCGCUCGUUUCCGUUAACUGCAUGUAUACCGUUACAGUUCGUGCCAAUUUGCAUCAUUGCGGAUGAGAGCAAAUUCGCAUCGUUGGUUCCUGCAAGGUUGCCCAUGAAGACGUGCAGACAUUGGUUGAAAAAAUGGUUCCUUACUCCUUUGGCAGCAGAGAAAACCACCAACAAGCUUUUUAUGGGAGAUCAAUCAGUAUUUUUAUUUUGUGUUUUUUAUAUUGUAUGUUUAUGUUGUGAAUCGCCCCGAGAUCUAUACUACUACUGCUAAUAAUAAUAAUAAUAAUAAGAGAAAAAUUGCUUCAUAUAAGGUGCUUUCCUCCAGCCCAAAUCGGAUUGAUUCUCUCUCGCUCCUCUUCUGUAGCCCUAUUUACAGGUCCUAGCAUUGUUAUUUUUUAUUCAGUCAAUCAAUCAAUCAAUCAAUCUUUAUUACGAUCCAGAGACCCAACAAAUCGUUACAAAGCAAUGCACAAUUCAGACAGCCUACCUGCAGGUUAAACAAGCAUUUUGUUCAGACUUAAAGAUAGGGCUCAUUGGUUCUUGCAACCACCGAUAAAAACUUCGCCACUGCUAAUGUUCAAGCGUUUGUCCGGUCUUCCAAUAGGAACCUGACAUAGUGAGCCUCUGAUUUUCCCGGUAAAGGUACCAGCAAGGGUAAUAUCAGUUCAGCCCUGGCUUGCUCAUCUUUUGCACAGUGCAGCAAAAUAUGUUUUAUGGAAUCAGUGUCUUGAGCACACCCGAGCAAAGUCUGUCCUGAUAGGGAACUCCUCUCAACCUGCCAUCCAACACUGCAGAAGGAAAGACGUUAUUUUUUAUUAUUAUAUUUAUAUCCCACCUUUCCUGCAAGGAGCUCCAAAGUGGCAUACAUACCCUUCCUCUGUUUUCUCUUCAGCAACGACCCUGUGGGGUAGGUUAGGCUGAGAGGCAGUUACUGUCCCAAGAUCACUAAGUGAGGUUCAUGGCUGAAUGGGAAUUUGAACACUUUGCUGGUCCAGUUUUAUAGCCAUGAUUCACCUCACUGGCUUUAGUCUCUGAUACACAAACAGCAGGCAUGACCUGGGGGAGGUUUAUUAUUAUUUAUCAUUUAAUAACUUUAUAGAACUCUGCUUUUUCUCCAAGGAGCUGAUGGUGGUGUACAUGGUUUUCUCCUUACUCAUUUAAUUCCCCACAGCAGCCAUGUGAGGUAGUUUAGCCAGAGAAGUAGUGACUGAUCUGUGAGCUUCGUGUCCAAAAAGGGGAUUUGAACCCCAGUCUCCCAGGUCCUAAUCCAAUGCUCUAAGCAUUAUGCCCAGUGCCGGAUUUACGUUUAAGCUAAACAAGCUGUAGCUUAGGGCCUCCACUCUCUUGUGCCCCCCAAAAAAUUUAAAGAAAAAAACUGGAUGUACAUUUCCAAAAUAUAAGAUAAAAAACAUACAUACAGCAACCGUGUUUUGUGUUGUGUAGCCUCCUAUGAUGUAAGUAAUGGAGCCUGCUCCCUUAAAUAUCACUAGUUUGCUCAUUUCUAUAUGUAGGGUGCCUACAUUCUGCUAUUUAUAAUUAGUUUAUUUAUAAAUAGUUUGCAUCAUAUAUUUACACAUAUUAUUAUUUCAUGUUAUAUUUACACAUAUUACUAUUUCAUGUUAUAGCAAGUUUCUAGAGACUAGAUUAUGAGUCUUUGUAAAUUGUGUUUCUAAAGGAACUUUUGUUAUUGCCAAAUGCAAAUGUGUUUGCAUUAUUAAGUUUGUAAUGAAUAAAAAAUCAUUUUAAGUUAGAGCUUAAUAAUUAUUUCACUAUUAAUAUACUUCUUCUUAAUUGUAUUUCACUUCAACAAUUACUCUGAUAAAGUACAUAUUUUGUUAUGUGCAAAUGGCUUUAGAUAUCUAUUAGGUCCAUAAAUUACCAUAUAGCAUGUAUUCAGCACAAAAAACAGCGACAAUUUCUUGUUGACAAAGGACAGCUGGACAUAUAAAAGGCCUCAUUACCUUCAGUAGCUUAGGGCCUCAUCAAACCUAAAUCCGGCCCUGAUUAUGCCACACACAGUUCUUCCAUGGACUAAACACUUAUGAGGCUGAAUGUCUGCCAGUAAGAGAUGGUGUAGUACUGGGUUUUUCUGCAUCAGCCAUGAGUUGAUGACCUUUUGUGGUGGUUGUUCCUUCCAACCCUAUGAUUUUGCAGUUUUAGGUGCAUGCCACCUGGGGCUGGAAUGGCUGCAUUUCUGUGUUUUGCCUAGCGCAUAGCACAUCAGUGGACCAAGCAAUUGGCUGUCAUUCAGUGUGGCAUCACAGAAUCUAACACAGUACAAUGGAUGCUCAAAGCUUCUUGCAGAGUGCAAUAAAGUCAUCAUACAAAAAAACAGGUACAGCAUAUCUUAAAUCAACAGGAGAGGAAGGAAGCUACAGCAAAGGGGCAUUAUGAAUUGCAAAAAACCCCCACUUCUGCUAAGAACACAGCCUUGUAGUUGUGACUCUGGCAUCUACAACAGAGGCCUUUAAGGGUCUGUCUCUUGUUCCUUUGUCUAAGAUAAGUGAAAGUAUUUUGUGAGGCAUUUUGGGAUUGAAUUGAAAGUAUGCUUCUACAGUUGUUUCGCUUUUGAAUUGCUUUAGUAAAAUGUUUUAUAAUAGGUAUUAAAAGUGAAGACUUACAUCAUUUUGCUUAAGUUGAUUUGGAAGCAUUUAUGUUACAAGGUGAGAUAGAAAUAAUAAAUACAAUAAAGAGAUAAUCUAAAGAUACUGAAAAUACUCGUAUGUUCUACUUGAAAUUAGUGGACCUAAAUUAGUCAUAUCCACUAAUUUCAGUGAGUUGGUUUUGAAUGCUACUAACUUUGGUUAUCACCUAUUGUUGUGACAAAAUUCAUGCAAAAAGCCAGUUAGAAGAUAGUAAACUAUGCUCUGCUUCACAGUACAUAAGGGAAUUUGGCCUGAAGAAAACUCUUGCUAGAAAUCGUUGGCUUUAGACAUGCUGAAGCAUCUGGUCAGCAUCUUCAGAUUCCAUCUCUUAAGUUUAGUGCAUACCUUUCAUUACCUCUGAACCUAAAGACCUCCAGAUCUUUAGUGAAGCUAUAAUCACGCAUAUUCCCCCUUUCUUUUUCCUCCCCAGUUCACUACACAGGUGGUCUCCUGCUGCCCUGCAAAAUUGUCCACAGAAAAUGGUGGAAAGAAGGAGACACUUCAGGGAUUCCAUGUCAUCUUGGAAGACACUAUUCUUUUCCCAGAGGGUGGAGGGCAGGUACCAAUCUUAGUUCUUGGUCAGAAAGUGGAACCUGUUUUGGGGGUUCUAACAUAUUGUAUACAUCUUAAUAUGCUACUAGGGAUUUACUGUUGACCUAGUUCUUGAAACUAAGACUUGAAUUGUUCCACGGAAUUACUAGAAAUGUGUGAUCUCCUGUUCACUCUUAAAUCCAGAUCUUGUCUGUGCUUCUUUUAUAUGUUUAAGCCAGCAAUCCUAAACACACUGGGGAAUAAAUGCCAGUUUACUUCCAAAUAAAAUCUUAUUACCAGGGCUUUUAUUUCAGUCAAAGUUCAGAGUACAGUGGUACCUCACAAGACGAAUGCCUCGCAAGACGGAAAACUCGCUAGACGAAAGGGUUUUUGGUUUUUUGAGUUGCUUCGCAAGACGAUUUUCCCUAUGGGCUUGCUUCGCAAGACGGAAACGUCUUGCAAGUUUGUUUCCUUUUCUUAAAACCGUUAAUACAGUUGCGACUUGACUUCGAGGAGCAACUCAUAGCACGUGGUGUGGUAGCCUUUUUUGAGGUUUUUGAAGACUUUGGUGAUUUUUGAAGCUUUUCCAAAACUUUCCCGACACCGUGCUUUGCAAGACGAAAAAAACCGCAAGACGAAAAAACUCGCGGAACGAAUUAAUUUCGUCUUGCGAGGCACCACUGUAGUUGAAAUCAGUGGACUUGGAUAACUGAAGUGCAUUGAUUGCAAUGGGUUUAUUCAGUGUGUGAUUAUUACCUUAUAUUUAUAAUCUCUAUAAUAACAAUCAAUUAAUGUAUCAAUGAGUAUCAGGAAAGAGAAUAUAUAUGAACAUAAUGAGUAAAAUGUGCGAUAGGUUAAAUAAUGUUUAGAAGCACGAGGGGUUGACGGGAAGUCAUCGGACCUUUGAGAAGAAUGUGAUACAAUGUAAUAAGUAUAUAUUUUUAUUAUGUAUAAUUUUGUUACAUGUUGCUUUCUUAUUUUCUUGUAUACAAUUUCAAUAAAGCAAUUUAAAAUGCAAAAAAAAAAAUCUAUAAUAACAAUCAAAACUUUUACUUGGGCUAAUUAAUAUUGUGACGAUAAUUCAGAGAACCUCUGCACAGCAAUUGCUUCAUUUAUCAAAUUUGUGUUUUUUUUAAGAGGGUGGUAUAGCAUUUGCUCAGCUUCGCAACUCACAACCAUUGCCAUUUUACACAUGCUUUCGUCUGCUACAGCAGGAGAAUAUUCCCCCAAAGCUGGGCUGGUGACUUUAAUUUCUUUUUUCCAGCCCGAUGACCGGGGGCUCAUUAAUGACAUCCCAGUAUUAAGGGUCACCCGACAAGGUCCAGAUGCUCUACACUUCGUCCAGACACCCCUUGAGCCAGGGAGCGAGGUGCAGCUGGUGCUAGAUUGGGACCGGCGCUUUGACCACAUGCAGCAGCACUCAGGUAAGAAACUGAUGGAACGAGAUACCCACACAUUCAGACUGAUAAUCAAAAAAGACACAUUUUUAAUAGAUAUAUAUUUAAAUCUCCUAGUGAGAAGGAGAAGGGGAAACUGCCGCUUAUCAUCGUCUCAAAUUCAAAUAUCUUUAAUACGGUCAAUGGCCAGCAAGCAAUUCAUAAAAUAAAAUAUGGCAAUAUAAGUACUAUUGUACUACAGAUAACAGUGGAGAUAUGGCCAAAUCACAAAAUUGGUGCUUAUGUUUGUGACCAAGUUUCGACUUUUAAGGUUUUAAGGAUUCAAUUCAAAUGUCACUACUGUUUAUCAUUGCUCGUCUUAUUCUUGUUGCAAUGUAACAGUACUUCGCCACAGGCCUGUUGAUUUCGGGGUCUUUGUCAGCUAAGAGGUGUCUGAUAUAGAUGUCGUCUGUACUACGAGGUAUUUUCCUCAGAAUCGGCUCGAUCAGCUCUUUUCUUGAGUCUCGAUAUAAUGGGCAAUAUGACGAUUAUCAUUGUCUCUUUUAGGGCAGCAUCUCAUCACAGCUAUUGCGGAUCUGAUGUUUGGAUUCAAGACGACAUCAUGGUGAGCAAGGCACACCUCUGCCUAAUUGCUUUCCUCCCUGCUUGUGUGUGUUCUGAGCAUUUGUAUGAGUCUGAGAGAGGGGAGCUGCAAAACCUUGAGAGAAAUUGGGGCACCCAGAGUGGCAAGAAUCUUCAUAGAUCACCAUUGGAGUAUUUACCGUACUUUUCCGUGUAUAAGGCUAGGUUUUUUUACAGUGGUACCUCAGGUUACAUAUGCUUCAGGUUACAGGCUCCGCUAACCCAGAAAUAGUGCUUCAGGUUAAGAACUUUGCUUCAGGAUGAGAACAGAAAUCGUGCUCCGGCGGCGUGGCAGCAGCAGGAGGCCCCAUUAGCUAAAGUGGUGCUUCAGGUUAAGAACAGUUUCAGGUUAAGAACGGACCUCCGGAACAAAUUAAGUACUUAACCUGAGGUACCACUGUAUGUGGAAAACUGUGGGACAUCUUAUACACUAUUUAAAAAUAGGGGGCGUCUUAUACAUGAGGGCAUCUUAUAUACAGAAAAAAUACGGUAGUAAUAACUUCAUGAGCUGCUUGGAAGGAGGACAGAUUUGUAAACAACCUUGGACCAGAGUUCUUUCCGUAUUUGCUAAUACUUAAUGCGAGAAUUAACUUGGUGAGUUAGGGAUUCCCCCUGCAUGUGAAGACAGGCUCUGGUGGACUGACAAGGCCAGUAGUGAGUCCAACGGUCAAGAAGGCGGUUUCUGUACAUGCUGCAGAGGGAAGUGAGGGGCAGAUGGGGCUUGUCAACCUGGCCAUCUGGGAGAAGGAAAACUGAUCCUUAACUUCCACUGCCUUGCGGGAUGUCUUGGCUAGAGGAAAGGGCUAAGGAGUAAACCCUACUCCAUGUAUGCCGCCUCCUGGCAACUCCAGCAACCAAACUGGUGCCAAAUGCCUUGCUCUGCUUUCCUUUGGACCACGUCAGCGAGGCCGAGAGCGGGGUCUUGUCGUUUGGGCAGCCCAGGACCUCCAGGCACACUGCCCAGGGUGGUCACUUGGGUGCUGGUAACAUAGCAGUUUGACUUCACCCCCCAGAGACGCACUCCAUUGUCUCUCGAGACAGGCGGAUGCCUACAACAAUAUCUAGGUUAUUAAUCGGUAAUGAAACUGAUACAGACGAAUCACCAGUACUCCACACAGCAAUAGCAGUAGCCAUUGGAAUAUGAAUAGGCACCAUGCAUGUUUCUGUAGCUUAACAUUUCCUGGGUGGAGUUGGUAGGUUGCAUGGAGAGAUACCUGAAGGAGCGUCUCCACCCCCAUCAUUCAGCCCGGACACUGAGAUCCAGCGCUGAGGGCCUUCUGGCGGUUGCCUCAUUGCGAGAAGUGAGGUUACAGGGAACCACACAGAGGGCCUUCUCGGUAGUGGUGCCCGCCCUGUGGAACGCCCUCCCAUCAGAUGCCAAGGAAAUAAGCAGCUAUCUUAUCUUUAAAAGACAUCUGAAGGCAGCCCUGUUUAGGGAAGUUUUUAAUAUUUAAUGCUGUAUUGUUUUUAACACUUGAUUGGAAGCCGCCCAGAGUGGCUGGGGAAACUCAGCCAGAUGGGUGGGGUAUCAAUAAUAAAUUAUUAUAAUAUUAUUAUUAUUAUUAUUAUUAAUUGUUCCUUUCCCCACAGAGCCCUAUUGAGAAGUCACUUCCACAAUUUCCUACACCAGCAAAUCUCCUACAGACUUAAUACAGUCAUACCUCUUGUUACGUUUGCCUCAGGUUGCGCAUUUUCAGGUUGCGUCCCGCGGCGACCCAGAAAGGGUUACUUCCGGGUUUCGCCGCAUGCGCAGACGCACAAAAUGACGUCACGUGCAUGCGCAGAAGUGGCGAAUCGCGACAUGUGCAGACGCGGGUUGCGUUCCUUUCGUGUUGCGAACGGGGCUCCGGAACGGAUCCUGUUUGCAACCAGAGGUACCGUUGCAUUGUUAACUGACAAGGAAUAUGUUGUUGUUGCUUUAACCCAGAAGCAAAGGUUAAAAUGAAAUCAUUGUGUAGUCAUGAAGAUGUAUCAUCUGGGAAGCUGUCCCAGAAACUCCAGCGGGUGCAGAAUGCAGCAGCGAGGCUCCUCACGGGGUCUCUGCCAUGGGAGCAUAUUCACCCAGUGCUUUUCCAGCUGCACUGGCUCCCGGUGGAGUACAGGGUCAGAUUUAAGGUGCUGGUUUUGAUCUUUAAAGCCCUUCACAGCCUAGGGCCCUCGUACCUACGGGACCGCCUCUCCCGGUAUGCCCCACGGAGAGCCUCAAGGUCCAUAACUAGCAACACCCUAGAGGUCCCGGGCCCUAAGGAAGUUAGAUUAGCUUCAACCAGAGCCAGGGCCUUUUCAACGCUGGCUCCGGCCUGGUGGAACGCUCUGUCUCAUGAGACCAGGGCCCUGCAGGAUCUGAUUUCUUUCCGCAGGGCCUGUAAGACGGAGUUGUUCCAUCUGGCCUUUGGCUUGGAGCCAAUUUGAUUCCCUCCCCCUCUUUCUUUUUUCCAUUCUGCUCCUGUGAUGAGGCUGCAUUUUAAUGUUUCAAUAUUUUAAUGUUGUAUUUUAAUCUUGUUUUUAAGUUGUAUUCAUUCAGCUUGUUUUUAUUAUUGCUUGUUAGCUGCCCUGAGCCCAGCCUUGGCUGGGGAGGGCGGGGUAUAAAUAAAAUUUAUUAUUAUUAUUAUUAUUAUUAUUAUUAAUCUUGAAUAGGGCUUUGUUCCCAGGGAAAACGCACAGAGGAUGGCAGGCUUAGCCUAGUUUCUGUGCAGUAACCCUUCCUCAGAGGACGAUGCUGGAGGGCUGGGGACAGAGGGAGCUCUCUUGUGCACCCAGAGCUAUCUCCCGUGUGACUUGGGGAACAUGCUGUUUGCCUCUCUCCCACCCUCAACAGGGAGCUGGGUCGCCAACGAAGCACUAUAGAGCUGGACACCCCCUCGAUGACAGCAGAUCAGGUGGCAGCCCUUGAGCAGAGCGUGAAUGACAGAAUCCGAGCCAGGAUCCCGGUGGUGGUGCGAGAGCUGGCAGUGGGCGACCCUGAAGUUGAGCUGGUAAGCAAGAGCGUGCGGGCUAAGGCAAGAGGAGGGAGAGAGGUCUGCUACGUGUGGUUCUCUUAACCUUGCACUGCAUUGCAGGUGAGGAGCCGUGGCUUGCCGGACGACCACACGGGGCCCGUGCGGAUUAUAAGCAUCGAGGGUGUCGAUGCCAAUAUGUGUUGUGGCACGCACAUCUCUAAUCUCAGUGACCUGCAGGUGAGAGUCAUGGGGGCGGGGUGUGGCUUGCAGCACCAGGAUCAAGGUUUUUGCCAGGUUGGACCCCCUCACAAAUGAGCACAGGACUGCCUUGCCACUCACAUCUGUUGUGAGAACACAUUCUGCCCCUUCGUGACACAUGAGAAGCUGCCAUUGGUGUAACUCUGAGCUUCAGUAAAGCAAAUAAUUUAAUUAGACAGCGCCUCAUAUGAUAUUGGGGACGCGGGUGGCGCUGUGGGUUAAACCACAGAGCCUAGGACUUGCCGAUCAGAAGGUCGGCGGUUCGAAUCCCCGUGACGGGGUGAGCUCCCGUUGCUCGGUCCCUGCUCCUGCCAACCUAGCAGUUCAAAAGCACGUCAAAGUGCAAGUAGAUAAAUAGGGACCACUCCGGCGGGAAGGUAAACGGCGUUUCCGUGCGCUGCUCUGGUUCGCCAGAAGCGGCUUAGUCCUGCUGGCCACAUGACCCGGAAGCUGUACGCCGGCUCCCUCGGCCAGUAAAGCGAGAUGAGCACCGCAACCCCAGAGUCCGUCACGACUGGACCUAAUGGUCAGGGGCCCCUUUACUAUAUGAUAUUGAGCAACAGGAUAGUCUGGCCACAGUAAGGAAAUUUUGUCCAUGGUAUGAUUCUUUCCCACCUAAUCGUUUUGACACUUUGGCACCCUAUUUGCAAAAUUUAGCAAUUCCAAAAUACAGGCGCGCCAUCACUUUCGCAAGAUUGAAUAUACUGCCUUCGGCUGUACUUGAGGGUUGACUUCAAAACAUUCCACUGGAAAAAUGGGUAUCUCCCUGUGGAGAUGACAGUAUUGAGUCAGCGGGUCAUGUGCUUCUGGCCUGCACUCUUUAUAAAGAUUUGAGGAGUGAGGUUAUUACCCCUCCAAUACUGUCCACGCCGGGUUGCUCAAACAUUGCUACAGAGUCCUUUUAGUAGAUCAAGAUGAUCAGGUGACAGCAAAAACUGCAAUGUUUUUAGCGGGGGCAAUUAGAAUAAGAUCUUUUAUUUGAUUAUCGACAUAAACCCCCCAAAUGUAUUUUGUAUAGUUAUGUUUUUACCGCUAUCUUCAGUACAUUUUGUUUUAUUGCUAUGGCUAGUGGCUGAUGCAAAUAAAGAUUCUCUCUAUCUAUGUGAUCUAUACCAUUGGUCUAGCUAGCUCAGUGUCCAGGAUUUCAGGCAGGGAUCUCUCUCCCGGCCCUACCCAGAGAUACCAGGGAUUGUAAAUCAAUUUGGACGCCUUUUUUUUCUAACAAGGCUUCUCUGCUGCUUGUCAGUGGUCAGCCAGAAAUUUUACAAGUGAUUGCUUCCUUCAGAUAGUGAAGUAAUUGGGGAAUCAUCCUUAUUUUAAAUUACCUGCCUAUACUUUUCUAACGAAUGCCUGGACGCGUAGAACUAUAGGAAGUUUCCUUCACUAAAUCAGACCAAUGUGUAAACAGUGGAUUAUUUCCGCUGCCCAGGACAGGCUCUGCAAGGUUUCUGGCAGAAAUCUUCACUUGGAGAUAGAUACCAGGGUAUGGAUCUGGGACCUUGCAAGGCAAAUAAUAAUAAUAAUAAUAAUAAUAAUUUGUUAUUUAUAUCCCACCCAUCUGGCUGGGCUUCCCCAGCCACUCUGGGCGGCUUCCAAAAAAAUAUUAAAAUACUGUAAUACAUCAAACAUUAAAAGAUGUUCUAUGUUCUACCACUGAGCUUGGACCUUUUCCCACUUUCAAUAUAAGGGACAGGAUAGACGCAUGCAGAUGUAGUAUUUUACCACUCAAGACGAAUGUGUUUGUCUUUUGAAGAUGGUUAAGCUCUUGGGCACCGAAAAAGGGAAGAAGAACAAGACCAACUUAGUUUUCCUCGCUGGGAACCGAGUGCUGAAAACUUUGGAGCGAAGCCAUGCAGCCGAGAAGUCCUUCACAUCACUGCUUAAGCAAGUAUUUGUAUUCUCCUGUCCCAGGGAAUGAAACAAAAGUCCCAGAAGGGUGAUUGGAAACCCAGUGGCCUUCAAAUUUCAUUUGAACUCUCGAAAGGAAAAGCACACAAAGGUUGGGAUUUUCCCUUAAGGCAAGAAAUAGUGAGUUGUAUAGGCAAAUUGGUUGUUUAUAGAAGUUGGGCCAGUUAUUUCUGGUCUGAACAUAGGGCUCAGGAUGAGUAGCGGAAGGGUUUCAACAGCCACACCGUAAAUGGAUUUAAAGAGAACUAUUCCCAAACAAUGGUUUUAAAAGGGGAUGGGACAAGUUCAUGGAAGAUAAGUUUUUCAGGGCCUACAAGCCACAACGUCUGUGCUCUGCCUGCACACUCUGAAGCCAGCACUGUGUCUGAAUACCAGUUGCUGGAAACCACAAGAGGAGAAUAUGUUCUUAUGCUUGGGUAAUAAUAAUAAUAAUAAUAAUAAUAAUAAUAUAUGCUACCCACCUGAUGGGGUUGCCCCAGCCAUUCUGGGCUGCUUCCAUUAGAAUACAUUAAGCAUUAAAACAUUAAAUGUUUUAAAACAUUAAAAACUUCUCUAUACAGGGCUGCCUUCAGUUGUCUUCUAAAAGUCGGAUAGUUUUUUAUGUCCUUGACAUCUGAUGGGAGGACGUUCCACAGAGCAGGAGACCAUUCAGUAUUUUUAUUAUGCAUUUUCUGUUUUUUAUAUUGUGUUUUUAUGUUGGCAACUGCCCUGAGAUCUACAGAUGAAGGGCAAUAUACAAAUAAUAAUAAUACAGUGGAACCUUGGUUGUCGAACGUAAUCCGUUCUGGAAGACCGUUCGACUAAUGAAACGUUUGACAACCGAGGCGCAGCGGCUGGUCAGCAAAAUCCAUUGGGAAAAUGGAGAAACGCACCUCGGAAGCCGUUCAACCUCGGGGGCGCGUUCGAAAAUGGAAGCAUUCGCUUCCGGGUUGUUGGCGUUUGAAAGCCAAAACAUUCAGCUUCCAAGGCGUUUGACAACCAAAGUUCCACUGUAAUAAUAAUAAUAAUAAUAAUAAUAAUAAUAGAAGGUCACUGCCUUAUACUCUGUAGCUUCAUGUCCCGCAGUGAGGGAACCGCCAAAAGGCCCUCAGAGCUGGACCUCAGUGUCCGGGCUGAAUGAUGGGGCUGGAGACGCUCCUUCAGGUACACUGGGCCAAGGCUGUUUAGGGCUUUAAAGGUCAGCCCCAAGACGUUGAAUUGUGCUCAGAAAUGUACUUCUUGAGAGCUUCCCACAGGCAUCUGAGUGGCCACUGUGAGGAUGUUGGACCAGAUGGGCCAUUAGCUUGAUCCAGCAGGCCUUUCUUACGUUCUAAACCAGGCAUCCCCAAACUCGGCCCUCCAGAUGUUUCGGGACUACAACUCCCAUCAUCCCUAGCUAACAGGACCAGUGUGUUAGAAUUCCUGCUCCAUGAUUGCAGUCGUAAGAUUGUUGUUUAUCACAUGACGGUGUAUGUUUUGACUCCACAGAGUGGGAAGUGACGGAGACAGGACGUUUGUGUUCCUGUGUUCCGUGAAGUGGGACCGUGAAGUCCUUUGUUCUUUCUCUUUGCUGUCUGAUGCUAGAGAGGGGGGGGGGAGCCAUGUUGUAGUGCUCCGUGUGUGUUUAUAUGUAAAUAAAAUAAUUAGCCAAAAUGCUGAGUUGCUGAGGAGGUCUGUCACGCAAACUGCGAACACUCUGCGGAUCCCUAAGUGUGCCGACGUCUGUUGACAUCGGUCGCUGUGAUGUUCAGGCAGAAGAAAGCUUUUGAAGCUCCCGAACGAUCGACCAGGAGGGAGAGAACAUGCCAGGCGGGCAUGUGUCUCUACCAGCGUCCUACUUGAGUGUAGGACGAGCUCCUGACACAGUGGUUAGGGAUGGUGGGAACUGUAGUCCCAAAACAUCUGGAGGGCCGAGUUUGGGGAUGCCUAUUCUAAACAAUUGUAGGGACGUGGGUGGCGCUGUGGGCUAAACCACAGAGCCUAGGACCUGCUGAUCAGAAGGUCGGCAGUUCGAAUCCCCGCAACGGGGUGAUCUCCCGUUCCUCGGUCCCUGCUCCUGCCCACCUAGCAGUUCAAAAGCACAUCAAAGUGCAAGUACAGUGGUACCUCGCAAGACGAAAAACGCGCAAGACGAAAGAGUUUUCCGUUUUUUGAGUCGUUCCGCAAGACGAAUUUCCCUAUGGGCUUGCUUCGCAAGACGAAACGUCUUGCGAGUUCUUGCGAGUUUGUUUCCUUUUUCUUAAAGCCGCUAAGCCGUUAAUAGCCGCUAAGCCGCUAAUAGCCGUGCUUCGCAAGACGAGAAAACCGCAAGACGAAGAGACUCGCGGAACGGAUUAAUUUCGUCUUGCGAGGCACCACUGUAGAUAAAUAGGUACCGCUCUGGCGGGAAGGUAAACAGCGUUUCUGUGCGCUGCUCUGGUUCGCCAGAAGCGGCUUAGUCAUGCUGGCCACAUGACCCGGAAGCUGUAUGCCGGCUCCCUCGGCCAAUAAAGCGAGAUGAGCACUGCAACCCCAGAGUCGGUCACGACUGGACCUAAUGGUCAGGGCUGCCUUUACCUUUACCUAUUCUAAACAAUACAGCUGUUGGUAUUGGCCCUCAGUUCAGUUGUGCAUCUCCACUGAGCACAAGCUGUUUCACUUCCUCCCACCUUUUCCUCCCUCAUCACCAAGCUUGUAGUCUUAUUAGAUGAUGUACCAACCCUCCCUGAAGGCAUCUGGUUACCUUUGCCGUUUUAGGACUGGCCCCGAAGAGCACGUGGAAGCUGUAAAGAGGCUACAGAACUCUCUGAAGCUGCUUCAGAAGGUACAGUUGAGCAAUGGCCACGUUCCUCUGUGAAUGUUUCUGGAGCCAUGGUGGGGAAUCCCAGGUCCCGAAAGGUCAAAGGCGGUGUCAGGGAACUGCCAUCAGCUCAGAGGCGAGAGGUGGAAGGGCAGCUGGAUUGCAGGGAGCCGCCAAAGAUCGUGGGAAGCAGCACUUCCUCAGCGGAGGAGGGAAGCCCCCACCUCUAGUGGGGAAGAGAUGCAGGACUCGGAGGAUACAAGAGAGAGCCAAGACACCGUGCCUGAGCAAAGCGGGGGGGGGGAGGCAGGUCCCCCUUUACCCACGCCCUCCCUGCACAGUAGGUUUACGCGCAGAGAGGGGAGGCGUCGGAUGGGGGUCAAGAGACUACUCUGCCGGGGAAAGUUUAAGGACCGCCCACUCUCAGAUUCUGCUAGUGACUGAGCAAGACAUGGAAUUGAGGCGUUCUGCACUGUAAAUGUUUUUGCACCAAUAAUAAAGCCUUUGAAAGACCAAUCGGGAUCUUGCCUGUUCGCUCUCGAGCAACCCAAGCCGGUAGUCAUAACAGGUGGCUUUCUGUCUGAACAUCAGGAGUCUUCCCACGCCACACCCAGUAUCCCCAAGCUAUGGCCCUUCUCUGCCCUCUCCUUCAGACAGUUUCUGCCUGGCUGGAAUGUGCCCUCGAACUGCAAGAAAGCCUCUUGCUUGCUUGGAGUGGGGAGACAUGGGUGGGCAUAUGUCAAAACGUCUUGACUUUCGUGCAGUUGAAAUGCAGCCUGCCUGUGCAGCCACAGCUGUUGCCCUACCCAAUUUUGCCUCUGUCCCGGCUCAGCUUUGGUAUGUGACUCCCGUGAGGUUGGCCAUGGGGACAUUGACAGACAUUGGUUAGAAAAAAAGGUUCCCUAUUCCAUUGGGAGCAGAGAGAGCCACCAACAAGCUUUUAAUGGGAGAUUGCUCAUUAUUUUUAUUAUGUGUUUUCUGUUUUUUUAUACUGUGUUUUUAUUUUUUUAAAAAUAAAUUUAUUUAUUUGGCUUUUCAGAUUAAAAUUUUACAGUCACAUGUCCAACAUACAACAUAAUAACAAGAUUCCAAGGAAUCUCAUGGACUUCCCUCCUCCCCUUUGUGGGUUCCUAUUGUUAAUCAUUUCCUCCUGCAUCUUUUGUAAUAAUCCAAAUCUUUUAUCUCUCCGUUGUAUCCAAAAUUCACCAUUAAACUACAAGCAAUAUUCCAACCCUACUAAUGAUUUAAACUGUUGACAAUGGUCUUUAAGACAAGUUAUAAAUUUUCCCCAUUAUUAAAAUUUUGGCCUUUCUGGUUCUUCCGGUCAUUUUAGCCAUUUUGACAUAGUCCGUCAACUUGAUCUGCCAUUCUUCUCUGGCAGGGACUUUAUCUUCUUUCCAUCUCUGGUGUUUUUAUGUUGGGAACUGCCCUGAGAUCUACGGAUGAAGGGCAGUAUACUACUACUACUAUUGCUACUGCUAAUAAUAAUAAUAAUAAUAAUAAUAAUAAUAAUACAGUGGUACCUCCACUUGCAUGAGAUGCGGGUGGCGCUGUAGGUUAAACCACAGAGCCUAGGACUUGCCGAUCAGAAGGUCGGUGGUUCGAAUCCCCGCAAUGGGGUGAGCUCCCAUUGCUUGGUCCCUGCUCCUGCCAACCUAGCAGUCUGAAAGCACGUCAAAGUGCAAGUAGAUAAAUAGGUACCGCUCCGGCGGGAAGGUAAACAGCGUUUCUGUGCGCUGCUCUGGUUCACCAGAAACGGCUUAGUCAUGCUGGCCAAUAAAGCGAGAUGAGCGCCGCAACCCCAGAGUCGGCCACGACUGGACCUAAUGGUCAGGGGUCCCCUUUACCCUUACCUCCAGUUGCACACGGCAUCUGUUCCAGAGCUCCGGUCAGAUCCCGAGGAAUUCUCAACUGGAGGUGCCUGUUCUGCGCAUGCACGUGGUGUGGUAGAGCGCUUUGCGCAUGCGCGCGGGGCGAAACCCGGAAAAAUACUUCCGGGUUUGCCGCGUGUGUAACCCAAAGGAUACGCAACCAGAGGUGUGCGUAUCCAGAGGUACCACUGUAAUGAUAACAACCACAUGAUCAUCUGUGGGUCAUGCAGGCAGCAGCUGAGAUCAGACUCCAGUAAGCAGCCUGUAGAAAGGCCAUGGGAAGUAAGACAGCAAUCAGAACCAGGGUUCAGGAAGACUUUGCCAGAAAUUCCCUGCCUGCUCCAUCCCAUCACUCUUGGUUGAGUAUUGGAACAGAGGGGUGGUGGGCUGCCAGGGUGAUUGCCCCAGGCACAUUUUUCUGGGGGACACCCCACCUCCCCAAGUCAGCCCUGUCCCGCUUUGUGAGGCUGGGAUCUGAACAGAUCCCACCUUGCAAAGUGGCUCAGGGCUGGUGUCGCUCCGGUUUUGCCAGCGGCGAGGGCCGGGCCAGCAUGCAGCAGGCUCUGUUCACCCCCGUGCCCCUGCACACACGAGCUCCCCCCGCCCUCCGGCACCAUGAAAACACACUCCACUGCUAUGUCCGCUUUCCGACGUCUGCUUCUCUUUCAGAGCAACUUGAACCUGCUGAGGGAUUUAGCUGUCCUCACAGCUCAGAGUUUAAAAAACAACCUGGAUCAAGAACCUGUUCUUGUCUUGCACAGGUGAGGGGAAAGGUCAUGUUGGGUUUGCAUGGGGUGACUUUAAAAUACCCAGAAAAAAGAGGAAAAUUCUGGAUGCUUUCUACUUUGCCACUUGAAAGGUACAGCUGAUUUUUUAACUCCCAUUUAGAAACUGCUGUUCCCACUCACCUUACCUGUACAGUGGUACCUCGGGUUAAGUACUUAAUUCAUUCCGGAGGUCCAUUCUUAACCUGAAAAUGUUCUUAACCUGAAGCACCACUGCUGCUGGAGCACGAUUUCUGCUCUCAUCCUGAAGCAAAGUUCUUAACCGAGGUACUGUUUCUGGGUUAGCGGAGUCUGUAACCUGAAGCGUUAUGUAACCUGAAGCGUAUGUAACCCGAGGUACCACUGUACAGGUUUUUGAGGCCCGUCAAAGCAAAAUUGUGUGUUAUAUAUUUUUUAAUUAAAAAAAACACACACGCACUGUGGAUCAAUGCAACCCAAAUGAAUUAUUAAUGCUUGUUUUUGGUUUUUUUUGCUUAAGCCAGUCUAGUCGUUACUGGUUUCUUUCUCGCGGGGCUGGUGCGUUACCACCAGGGAAAGGUGUGGCAGAGGUAGCAUUUUGCAUCCUGCUUUCUCAGGUCUUGGGAUGGGGAAGUCCGCUCCACUUCACCGUGGGGAGGAGUUGCGGUGGACCGCGUGGCCACCCACUCUCCUCCGGGGGUGGGGGACGAAGUCCCGCGUUGCCCAGGAGAUCCCAGCCGCAACAGCGACCAGCCAGCCAGCCAAUCAGCUGGCUGGUGGGGGUGUGGCCGGGACCCAUUUAAACGGAGGCGCAAGCUGGUGGGCUUCCUCUUGGCUCGCUUCCUCAAUCUGGAUUGUUCGCAUUUUCCCUCUCUUGCAGGAAAGACGGUGAUUCUGAGUUCAUGAACAUCAUUGCGAAUGAGAUUGGCGCUGGGGUGAGUAUCUCUCUCUUGUUUCUCUGAGCUUUGGCACCGGAUAUAGUGGUGUUUUGAGAGGUGCUGAAGGCUCCCUACUUUGAGCUGGAAAGGUUCCCACCUCCAGCGUAUCAUCUCAACACAAAUCAGAUCCAGUCAGGCCUUUAAAAACUUAAUUGUUGUUUCAGAUCAUGCAGCUGACACAUCAAAAGUGAAAUUAAAAUUAAGACAGCUGGUUACAGAAGUAGCAGCUCACAGCGUGCAGAGUAGCUAUAAAAUCUAAUGUGAUAUAAAGGAGGAGGAGAUAGAAUUGAUUCAAUGAGCACCUGUAGUUAGAAAAUAGGAACAGUUUUGUUCCAACUUCUGUGGUUAAAAUACCGCUAUUUAAUGUGACGCUACCAAAUACCAAUUAAGAAUAAAGAGAUCAUAGCAAAAUUUAGAAAAUAUCACUGAAUUUAAAGUCACAUCCACACCAUAUAUUUAGAGGUGAUGUCACAAAGAAUCCUGAGAACAAAUAGUGUACCUCCACACACCUACAGUUUCCAGGAUUUUGACUGCCCCGGAUAAGCUAAAUUUGGUUUGGUUCUUGCAUCCAUGACUACUGCUUACACCCCGAAAGAUUAAAAGCUUUAUUCAUUAGCUUGGUGACAUUUCCAUUUAUGGCACGGUCUGUUUACCUGUGGACCUCCAUAUGUUAUGUUUUAUUAUGGCUCUCUGCAUCAGAUUAUUAUAAAGUGUGUGUGUUCUUCGUUGAAUAUUUUGUUGUUGUAAACAACCUUCUUCCAGCAGGAAAGCCUCCUUUUCCUAUCUGUGGGAGAUGAAAAAGCAGCUGGGCUUUUUCUGCUCGCGGGACCCCCAGACGCUGUGGAGAAACUGGGCCCCAGGUGAGUCACUCAAGCCAGCUGGAUAAAUUCAGGCCUGGAUUGGUGUGUGUGUUGGGGAGGGAGCAUGGAUGUUCAUUUUGGUCGGUCAGGAAGAAAAGAAUCACAGUUUUCUGGGAGUCUUUGAAAGAGAGAGACAAGCAAAUUCAUGUAGCGGUUGCAGGGCUGAAACAAAUCAGGCAGGCUAGGCCAUGGCUAGGGCUGGGCGAUAUAGCAGUAUAUCAUCCAAAACCGAUUUGAAGUCCAUAUCACGAUAUUGGCUUCAUUAUUGUUGACCUGGCAAUAUAUCAUGAAUCGUGUGUGUGUGUGUGUGUGUGUGUGUGUGUGUGUGUGUUUGCUAUGCAAAAUUCACAGUGUGGGAAAAAUCAUGAAGCCGGCCAAUGCCUCCACAUCAGGCAUAGGCAAACUCGGCCCUCCAGAUGUUUUGAGACUACAAUUCCCAUCAUUCCUUACCACUGGUCCUGUUAGCUAGGGAUGAUGGGAGCUGUAGUCCCAAAACAUCUGGAGGGCCGAGUUUGCCUAUGCCUGCUCUAUAUAGUUCCAUCCCUAUUUCAAACAUUGUGCUCUUUUGGUAUAUCGCAAUGUGGAGCUUGUGAUAUAGCGCAAUGUUGAAAACCAGAGAUCGCCCAGCCCUAGGCGUGGCUCUUGGAAUAUAUUCCAGAAGUUCGUUUGACUUCCAAAAACGUUUGAAAACCAAGGUGCGGCUUCCAAUUGGCUGCAGGAGCUUCCUGCACUCAGUCGGAAGCCGCAUCAGAUGUUCGGAUUCCAAAGAACGUUCGCAAACCGGAAACACUCACUUCUGGGUUUGUGGAGCUUGGGAGCCAAAACGCACACAUACCAAGGCGUUUGGAAGCCAAGGUACGACUGUACAGUGGUACCUCGGGUUAAGAACUUAAUUCGUUCUGGAGGUCCGUUCUUAACCUGAAACUGUUCUUAACCUGAAGCACCACUUUAGCUAAUGGGCCCUCCUGCUGCCAGAGCCCGAUUUCUGUUCUCAUCCUGAAGCAAAGUUCUUAACCUGAAGCAGUAUUUCUGGGUUAGCAGAGUCUGUAACCUGAAGUGUAUGUAACCUGAAGCGUCUGUAACCUGAGGUACCACUGUACUCUAUGAGAGCCCAUUGACCAACAAAGCAAAUGUGGGGCAAGGAGAAGCUAGUCUGACCCUGUUGCUGUUCUUCCCUGAAGGGUGGCGGAACUGCUGGAAGGAAAAGGGGCUGGGAAGCGGGGCCGCUACCAGGGCAAAGCCACGCGGAUGAGCCGGCGGCCAGAGGUGGAAGCCCUCCUGCGGACAUUUGUCAGCGAACGGAGCACAGAGCAGUGAUGGGAUGGACAACGGGAGUAAAUGGCGCACUGUGAAUAUGAAAACCGAGCCACCGUUCUUAAGGACUGUAAAGUAAUAAACUUAAGGAUUCCUCCCCCUUUGUGUUCUUGCUUUCAGUGUGGCAGUGUCAACAAAGGAGACUGGUGGUCUGAUUUGGAAACAGCAGUGAACUGAGAGAUUUCAAGGGGGGGGGUAAAAGUGAGGGAUGGAUAGGGGAAGCAUUCCUGGAAGCCAAUGCUGUCUUUCCUAGAAGGAACUUCCCCCUGUUAAUGCUGGAGAAAGACAUAGAGAGUCCCUCUGAGACCUUGCACUGAUUUUUGCACGACCCCAAAUCGGUCUUGAUCCCAAAUCAAGCCCCGCGGGUGUUUGCUACUUCUUUUCUCUUUCUUUUUGACCACUUCAGCUGGGCCUCUGGAGGCUCCCUGCACACUACACUCAAGGUGCCCCAAAGGCAGACAGUGCUAGAUGUUUGUAUCUUAAAAUGUGCUUAUGGAGGAGUAAACCUCACCAAGGACCGCCCCACUGUCAGGAGGGAGUCAGAUAUGUUUGGGCAUUAAGCACAGCUCAGUCCCUGCUCCUGCCAACCUAGCAGUUUGAAAGCACGUCAAAGUGAGGGGCCGCUAGGGGGCGCCUUGGAAGAUGGCGGAUAUUAACAUCUAUCCAGCUCGCACGAGGUAAUUAGAGGCUGAUUAUGGGGAGUAUAUCAGUCUCCCUUCAUCUCUCCAGGGGGGAGAGAUGCCGUUUUCACCCGCUGUUGCCAUAAAUCACCCCCGAGUUCGGAAGAAGGAGGGGGUGAGGCACUGGGUGCACAACCCUCGGCGGGCCUCGGAACUCCUCCGAAGCUACUUCCAGGAGCGAAACUAGUUGCGUUACUUAAAAGGAAAAAAAUUGGUGAAAGAUAACGCACAUGCUUCAAGAGAGGCAGGAGGUUUUUAUCUGCUAACAAUUUUACCACUGAAAGGAAGAAGACUGAGACGGACUGAGAUGGAAGAUUACAUCAAAGUACUACAAAUAUGGUAUGUGGAUUGGAAUGCCGGAACUAAGGGGGGGGAAACGACUUUUUAUUUCUUUUGCUCUAUGUGAUUAUUAAUAACCCUCCCCCUGAAGAUCUGUCUCAGAAAUUAAUUGCAAAUGGGACUAAAAAUGAAUUGUGUGGGAAUAAUUAUGAACUUAAAGGUUUUACUCUGUGAAGGAUUUGGAAAGAAGAAGGGCUCUCUCUUGUGACGCAGUAAGAAUGGAAACUUGAUAAGAGACCUGUGUUGCUGGAGUUGGUCUUGGGGAGAGCAAGCCGAAGAUAUAUUAUUUUCGAGGAGAUUGUGAACUGGAAGAGGCAGCCCUCCUGCAAAAAGACUAAUUUACGAUGCAACAGGUCGGAAAAGCUAAAGAGCGAGUUUCUAGACUGUAUUUCAUCGGAACGACAAAAAUGGCGAUUACUCGCUCGAGCGGAAAGGACUGUUGGAGGAGAGUGAUUUACGAAAGAGCAGCACAAAGCCCACACAGAAAUACAAAUAAGACUGUCUUUUUCAACCCACUUGCGGAGCAUAUCGGAGGAAAAUGGAAAGGAAAAUGAGUAAUGACAAGUUUUGAGAAGAGGAAACUGGAAACAUCAUUCUUAAUAUGGAAGCAGAACAAAUAUUCGAGGAUUGGACUCCUGCCAAUCAAGAAGCAUGGGUACCCCCCACAAAAAUUUAUAAUUUGGAAAACAAUUGGAUUAUAUGAUAUGUAUUGUUGUAAUUUGGACAAAUUGAUUUGAUGUGUUUAAUUUGGAAAUAUGAAAUUUAAUAAAAAUUAUUAAAAAAAGAAAGAAAAGAAAGCACGUCAAAGUGCAAGUAGAUAAAUAGGUACCACUCCGGUGGGAAGGUAAACGGCGUUUCCGUGCGCUGCUCUGGUUUGCCAGAAGCAGCUUAGUCAUGCUGGCCACAUGACCCGGAAGCUGUACGCCGGCUCCCUCGGCCAAUAAAGCGAGAUGAGCGUCGCAAGCCCAGAGUCGGUCACGACUGGACCUAAUGGUCAGGGGUCCCUUUACCUUUACUACUGUCUGCCAGAGUUUUCUUGCUAACCUAGAAGUUGUUGAAUACAGUGGUACCUCGGGUUAAGUACUUAAUUCGUUCCAGAGGUCCGUUCUUAACCUGAAACUGUUCUGAACCUGGGGUACCACUUUAGCUAAUGGGGCCUCCCGCCACCGCUGCGCAAUUUCUAUUCUCAUCCUGAAGCAAAGUUUUUAACCCAAGGUACUAUUUCUGGGUUAGCGGAGUCUGUAACCUGAAGCGUCUGUAACCUGAAGCGUCUGUAAUUCGAGGUACCACUGUACGUGACUUUGUUUCUUGAGCAAUAUGACAGUGCAUUGAUUCAUUUCCUGGAAAGUUUGCUUAGGGUUGUAUUGCUAGUAAAAGACAUCCUUUAACAUAAGAAAGCCACACACCCACCAUUACCAGAGAGACUUGGGUCUUCUACCUAUAUUGUGCCAAUGGAAGGCAUGUUAGGAAUAAUCAUCCACAAAACCCACAAGACUAAAUUGGAACAGAGGGCAAAAUGCAGAUAUCCAAGACUGAAGUGAGAUGACAAAGAGGAAAGACUGAGACUUGUGGCUGGUAGAGGAAUAGGGACAAAUAAGGAGAAGCGUGUAUACAUUCAAAGUGAGAGACAGGAAGAAACCCAAGAGAAGGCACCAGAACAGAGAGCAGAAAGAACAAUCGGUUGCAGCAAAAACUACUAUUGAAUGCCCAAGAUACCCCCAGCUCGCUUUAAAACAGAAAGGAGCUUCAUCUAUCUUUCUGUUCAAGUUUGGACUCUGAAGAUUUUUUUCCACAACACACAUUUACACCUGUCACCGUGGGGCUGGGAGAGAACCUUGCCUGUAAUCCUGGAGAUCCGCUGCCAGUCUAGAUGGACCAACAGUAUGGUUUGAUGUAAGGCAGCUUUCUAUGUACAGUGGUACCUCGGGUUAAGAACUUAAUUCGUUCCGGAGGUCCGUUCUUAACCUGAAGCACCACUUUAGCUAAUGGGGCCUCCUGCUGCCGCCCUGCCGCCGGAGCACGAUUUGUUCUCAUCCUGAAGCAAAGUUCUUAACCCGAGGUACUAUUUCUGGGUUAGCGGAGUCUGUAACCUGAAGCGUAUGUAACCUGAAGCAUAUGUAACCAGAGGUACCACUGUAUCUUGGUGCUGUUCCUGCCUGGAUGUCAGAAUGCUCUUGAUGCUAACCUGUGGGAGCUCGUAUUCAUCGAUCUGUAGAGGAGCUCGGUUGCAUCUCCCACAAAAGAGUUGGCAACGUUCCUAAGUUUUGUAAAGCUUUAGCCCCGAGUCCCAAGGGCCCUUGCAAGAGCAGGAACAGGGGAACCACGUCCAAGAAGGCUGCGUUCCAAACUUUCUGCCCCCUAUGCGUCUUUCUUUGUCUGCCGGAAGAGCCAGGAGAUGCAGUAGGGGAUCAGCGCCACAGCACAGAUGUGAGCGCAGGUGUUCCUGCAGAAGGAGAGGAUGUAGAACAAGUUCUCCCUGUCGGUGGGCAGCUCGAAGGAAUCAAACAGGUGCAGGACGGACAGGGAGCAAACGAUGCAGCUGAGGCGGAAGGCCAGCCACUGCCUUCGCUUCCCUUUGCAGCUCUGCGCGUACAUUGGAGAGUUGAGGCCGAGUCCCAGGCCCAACAGGAUGCCCAGGUUGCGAAGCAGGCUGGCAAAGGGCGUCGUGUCGAUAUGGACCCACUCUGGCCGCUCGCACCACUUGUGGGCCUUCUCCAGCGUCCACAGGAGGUCCACCCCCAGCAUCUUGAGCAGCAGGUAGAAGCCCAGGGCAAAGCCAAAGAGGAAGAAAGUGGUGCCCACGUAUCUCCUCAGGCUGGCGUUGUAGAUGGAGCGGACGUGCUCAAAGAACACUGCCACCAGCAUCCCUGAG